AUGUCCAAUGUUCCCGAUCUCCAGCCCAUCGCUGCUGGUGACAAAGGGAGGCAAUUAAUAGCUCGAGGAAAAUCACAAUUUCAGCCCCCUGUCGCCAGUGCUGUCUGGACAUCGGACGAAUCCACAUGCUAUCAAUUGAACGCAAAGUGUCAGGAUUUCAUCACCCGGUAUCUUGGAGAAAGUCUCAUCGCCCCUGAUGACCUUAACAUGAGAUACGUUAAUCGCAGGCUCCUGAGACUAGCCUUCACAGACCCAUGUUUAAUGCACGCCUCUCUAGCCGUGGCAUACGCAUACGACCGCCGUCUAAACAACCCAAUAGGCCAUCGUCGCAGUCUCGAAGAAUGCUACCACUGGUCCCAAAGCACCGUUCUUCUCAACAAACGACUCCGGGAACCGAUUCGCGCAAAAGACAGAGACCCAAUCUGGGGCACUGCCGCCGCGCUGGCCAUCUUAGCCUUCUCGUCUCCUGACGCUACCACACCGGAAGAAUCAUGGCCCUUGAACCCCUCCGACCACGCCCAUCUGGACUGGCUACGUCUCAGCAAGGGGAAAAUGUCCUUGUGGCAUAUCGUGAACCCGCUCCGACCAGAUAGUCUGUUUUGCGUGAUGGCGACGACCUUUGCUCAGAUGCAAAUCCCCUUGCCGGAGAGGGGCAGGGACGGUAUCCCAAAGGCGUUGGCUGCUAUAUGUCAUCUCGAUGAUCGAUCUACGGCGAAGGAUAAUCCGUAUUUCGAUGCUGCUCACGCGGUAUCCUACAUCCUCGACCUCCCGGAUAGUGAGGUCACGACGGGUCCGACACAGCUCUUCCCGCGCAGUAUCUAUGGCUCGUUUGAAGACUUGUUGCGGCGAAAGGAUCCCGUAGCGUUGGUGUUGCUGUAUCUGUGGUACUCCAAAGCGGGUCGCAAUAUCUGGUGGAUCGAACUUCGAGCGAGAGUGGAAUGUCCUUCUAUUUGCUCGUAUCUGCGGAUGCAUCAUGGAGGGAAUGCUGCGAUACAGGCGUUUCUUCCUGAGGAUGCUCUCGUCUAUCGAUGGGACUGGCUAGACUUUUAG